UUUAAUCGGUAGCCAAUUUAAUGGUUGAGAAAAAAUAUUGGAAAUAAAUAUAAGAAGCGAAAAUCAAUUUUCUGGUUUUCAUGAUGAAAAUAUAUACGUUUCUUGUUUAUAAAACAUUAUUUAUCUUAGGCGUAUUUUUAUUUGCGUAUGGAUUUUUUCCGGUUACUAAUUAUGAUCCACGGUUAUCAAAUUUUGAACAAAAUAUAUUGGAUUAUGCGGUUCCGGUUAAACCAAAUUCGAUGACAAGAAAUUCAAAAUUGAUUUUAAUGAUAAUAGAUGCUUUAAGAUUUGAUUUUGUAGAUAACAGGAUGAAAUACACAAAUGAGCAAAUAAUGCAAGAAAAAAUAUGUAAGAUAAAAGUAAAAGCAGAUGCACCUACAGUGACAAUGCCAAGAAUUAAAAGUAUUCUAACAGGAAGGACUUCAAGCUUUGCAGAUGUAAUAUUUAAUUUAGGUGAUCAAGAUUUAAAUACAGAUUCUUUGAUGCGUCAAUUUAUCGCGGCAAAAAAAAAAGUAGUAUUAUAUGGGGAUAAUACAUGGGGUAAGCUUUUUCCACGUCAAGUAUUCCAUCGAGCUCAACUUAAUCACGAUUCAUUUUUUGUAAAUGAUUUUUACGAAGGUGAUAAAAACAUAACUAAAAAUAUUAACUCUGAGCUAGAGAAAAAUGAUUGGGAUAUAAUAAUAUUGCAUUAUUUGGGUUUAGACCAUAUUGGACAUGUUGAAGGUACAGCAAGUUUGAAAAUUCCUUUUAAAUUAAAGGAAAUGGAUGAUAUUAUAUAUAAAAUUAGUCAAAAAAUUGACGAAAGAAAAAAUGAAAACAUAAUGCUUUUGGUAACGUCAGAUCAUGGAAUGCGAAAUGAAGGAGGACAUGGCGGUGGAAGCAGAGAAGAAACUGAAAUUCCUUUGUUAUUUUCGGGACAUGAUUGUAAAUCUAACGUUUAUGAAAAUUAUAAUCAAAUAGAUAUGACUUCUACCUUAGCUGCUCUCAUGAAUUUGUCGAUACCAGUUAAUAAUAUCGGAAGAGUUAUUCAUAAUUUAAUUUUAGGACUUCCUAAAGACGAUCAGCUCCGGUAUUUAAACUACAACGCAAUUGAUUUAUUAUCUAAAUCAACAAAAAUAAUGAAUAAAGAACUUUUUACAAGAUUUGAAAUUGAAUAUGGUACAGCAAAAAAUUAUCACAUGGAGUUUUUAAAGUCUUACACCAAUGAGAACUUAUUUGAAAAAGCUAAAGCAAAAUAUAUUGAAGUAACAAAAAACAUGUCAGAAUAUAUUAGAGACUAUGUAAACUAUUUCUAUACAGAUUACAUUACUGUUGGAAUUAUGAUGAGUACCUUGAGCACUAUAAAUAUAAUUCUAAGCGGUGGUAGCUCGUUUGAUUUUGCCUAUAGUUUAAAAGAUUCAAAAGCCAGGGUAUUGCUAUAUUUCUUUCUUUGCGUCGCUUUUUGGCUAAGCCAGAACUUUCUGAUAGAAACUGAAAGUAACUUUUUGUGGUGUACAGUUCCGUUUAACACAUUUCUAAUAUUAAAUGCUAUAUGGACAAUUGGAAAAAUUAAUUUCACAAAAGCUUUUAAAAUUAAUAAGUUUCUAAACUGCUAUGCCGCUUUUGUAAUGGUAUUUUCAAUUUUAUCUCUGAUGAGUUCCUCAUUUAUAGAGCAAGAGCAUUUUACAUGGUAUUAUUGCAUUUCAACUUUAUUAUUGCUUAUGGCAUUCAACGAAUAUAAAUUAGUGAUCAAGUCAAUAAUUACUGAAAAUGCUACCUUUUAUACAUGGUCUACAGUGCUCUUAAAUAAUGGUAAAAAGUGGGUCCCACUUUUACUAGCUCAUAUAUUUAUGAGUAGGAUUAACGCAAGAUCGAGACUAACAACUUUCCAAAAUAUUGCUGAUAUUAUUAUGUAUGGAGAAUGGAAAACACUAAAAUUUAUUUAUCUUUUCAUAUCUUUAGUUUUAAUUUUAGUAACAAUCCAACAAUACGAUCAGAAAUUUUCUAAAGUUUUAACUUUUAUCACAAUUGCCGGAUUAUUCUGUUACAGACUCUUGCAAGAGGGCAUUAUUUCACAAGAAAUUACAAAAUUUACUUUUUGGCAUUUUCUUUUCUAUUUUGCAUUAUUCACUAUAAUAAUUUAUAAUUUUUCGCAUUCCAGUGGGUCAAAACCUUUUACAACUUGUCUCACCGCACUAAUAUUUUUAUUGUGUGUUUCGCAUAGAUUACAAAAUCUUUUAUUAAUAUCAGGAUGCAUUUUUACUUUAAAUUUAGGGUUUAAAGCCUUAACUUGUAUUUACAAAAGAUCAUCAGUUUUUAAAUUGUUGAUUGCUGAAAGUCUUUUUAGUUAUGCUAUAAGUAAAAUGUUUUAUUUUUAUCAAGGAAACUCAAAUAAUUUAAGUUCAAUAGAUAUUGAUACCGGGUUUCUUGGUUUUGAUUCAUAUCCAAUAUUAGUUGGAGUAUCAGUAUUUAUAAGAACUUACAGUGCACAAAUAUUGUGCUUUGUUUUAUUAUUACACGAAGGUUUUAAUAACUACAACAAAAAAGAUAUGUAUUACUCUGUUUAUAUAAUUUCUGCAUAUAUUGUGGUACGAUUGAAUGUAUAUCUUUUUACUAUGGUUAUUUUAAAAAAUCACCUUUUUAUAUGGAGUGUUUUUUCUCCGAAAUUUCUUUAUGAAUUAUCUGAACUAUUUUUAUUUUGUUUAUUAUUUAUGUUGUUUUUUAUUUAUAUAAGUUUUCAUCAAUACCUUAAUCUAGCCAAACAUACAAUUUAGAUUUUGAUAAAACAUUGCAAUAUAUUAGAAAUAAAAUUGUGCCUCUUAAGUAUUCAUUUUAAACCAAAAUUGUUUUCAUUUUUAAGAGUUUACCAUAUCAAACGCUUAUUUUUAAUAAAGAAAUCAAUAAGGUACCAAUAUUCUUAUCUAUUAUUAUCGUGAAAUAGAAAAUUAAUCACAAGCUACCAAUUAGACAACCCAUUGCAGAAGUGAACGUUAGUUUUUCAUUUCAAGUAAAAACAUUCACUUUUCCAAAAAUUUAUUGCCCAAAAUCUCAAAAUUCAAUUAUUUUAACAAUGAUAAUUAUGCAAAAUAUUAUGUAA